AACAUGACGAAGACAGAAGGAAUCAAAAGAAGGCUAAAGCCUGUCAUAGAGAAAAAAAGGAGAGAUCGAAUUAACCACAAUUUAGACACGUUAAGAGAUCUGCUCUUCAAGAACACUGCAGACACUCGUUUACAAAAUCCGAAACUAGAAAAAGCAGAGAUUUUAGACCUUGCAGUUCAGUACAUCAAAAGGACUAUUAGAAAGACAGCAUUGAAUUCCAAUCAAAUGGAUUCUAAGUCAACUCAGAAUCAGUUUGUUAUAUCUUCUGCGGGCCCUCUCUACACUAGUGACUUCUGCAGGAGGAUUAAAACAUUUGAACAAAACGAUGUUCUCCUGAAUCUGGGAGUCAGUCAAAGUGGUUCUUCCAAAGCAGGAACUGAACUAGUGUCCCAGAAAGGCUUCCUGUUAUCCCCACCAGGCCAGAACUACCACCAGGAACUGCUCUUACACCGUGAAUCAUCUUUGUAUGGCUCACGUUUGUUGCGUCAAUCAACUUCUCCCUCCAUCUCAUCAUCAUCACAAUACAGUUCUCCACCAUCAUCUCCCACUUUUACCAGCACAUCCUGCUCUCCCUCAUCUUCUCCCCCUUGUUCUUCAACAUCUUGUACUGCUUUUCCUGACAGACUGUCUCCUCUAAUAACCCCACUUUUACUUCAGAGGCCUGUUUUUGUUCCUCAAGCCAUUCUGCCCCACAUAACCAGAGAUUUGACUCCUCCACAUUCGCCUGUCCUGGCUCUUAGACAGGAUCCCUUCCCUCUUCCUAACCAGCAUGCCUGGAGACCAUGGAGCUGA